AUGCAUCCGGAUGGGGGGGGUAAAGGUUCGGGUCGUGAUGCAGCGGCCCGGUCUGCUGUGGAUCGCUACGAACGAAAGUCUGGAUCUGAGUCAGCUCGCUUGUGGACACAUCAAAGGGAGACGCUCGUGUCUCUUGGCCGGUCUCAGCCCACUCCGGUGACCGGGAACCGGCUCCUUAGCGGAGACCGUCGAGUCGUCGGGGCCCCCACGUUCGACUUGCCCCCGCAGCGCUCUGAACAGCAUACACUUACCCGGGGCCAGCUCGCGCUAUCUUUGGCGGGCACCCACGCACACGCAGCUGACUCAACCCUUGUCAGGACGAUGCAGCCGACGACGGCGCCACUGCGCAUCGGCCACGGCGCGCGGCCGCUGGCGAGCGAGAGCCACUGGCUGCUGUCCACGGCGGGCAAAUGGACCGAGGAGGACGAGAAGGAGUGGAAGCGCCAGCAGCACCGUGAGAACAUGGUCUUCUUCCGCCGCAAGAAGAAGGAGCAGCAGGCGGAGCUGCGCACGCAGCACCAACAGCUCGAGCAGCGGCUGCAGCAGCACCUGGCCAUGCAGCGGCGCGCCGCCUCGCGCGCGUCGCAGAACCAUCGCUACGGCACCAGUCGAGACAAGAAGCACGCCGCCGUGUGCCACCUCAUCGCAGAGACCGAGGCGCUCAAGAUCGAGAACGUGGCACUGCGGGACCAGAUCAACAAGCACAAGACGCUGCAAGACGGCGUCCUAGAGGCGGGCGACGGACUCGAGUACGACGCCACGGAACCGACCAGCAGCGUCGCCAGUCGGGACGGCAGCAGCUCGGACACAUCGUCGUCCGGGGGAUCGCUCUCUUCUGGGUCGUCCUCUUCCUCGUCCUCCUCGUCGCUGUCUCACUUGGUCUCGCUGCAGCGCGGCUGGCGCGUGCACUUUUCAGGGGGCGAGCCGUCCUUCCACUUCCAUCCCUUCGCCAAGGAGCAACUGGACUCCAUCCGAGAGGGUUACGACGCCAGGUUCGCGGCCCUACCGCUUCUUACUAACGUCGGCAGUAUUCUCGGGUGGGAGGUCGAGCGCGCGCCGUUGAUCCCACACCCGGCGCUCAAGGUGCUGGUUGCGCGCGUUCGCUACACGAAGCGCAUCCACUGUGCUGGCGGAUCGGCGCACGCUACGAUGGACAUGCUUGACGCCGAGUCGUGGCCGGUUCUGACGACUCCGGAGCUGUGGCAGCGCAUUCACAACGGCUCAGUGACGUCGCAAGUGCUGCAGGCGGUGGACGAGGACACGUUUGUGCUGGUGCGCAACGCACCCGAGCACUCACUGGGGGUGAUCAUUCGUUAUCUCAACCUUGUGAGUCGACGACGCAUUCAGUACCCGGACGGACGGAGGUCGAUUAUUUACUCGAUGGUGGUCGUGACUUCAGCCGCGAACCAACGCAGUCGGGAGGCAGAGCCAGAGCGUCGGGACGUGCACUGGGUCAACGAAGGUGGCGCCUACAUGACGCUGUCACAGAUUGACCAUGGCACACUGGAGGUCGUGUACGACCACUGCUCCGGCUGCAUAAGUGAGCAGCACGCGCAGCACUGCCUCGUUGACUGGGGUCACAUCGUCAUCCGCUGGGAGCAAUUGGUGACCCCUUCCAGGGUGCUUACCUUUUAA